AUGUCUCGGAAGCCCCGAACUGGUUGCCAUGGCAACCUCAGCAUCUCCAAGUACCGAGCAAUUGCCAAAGCCAAGGCCGCGCAUGCAAUGGCACAAGACCCGACGGACAAAGCCAAGGCAGCAGCAGUGCUCAUCGAACAUGGACUCCUGAUGUCCACCAACGAACAGUUGAAAUCCAAGGAUUUGCUGGAUUCCAACGUUGACGAGGAUGAAGCCAAGAAUGAAGAUGUGAUGCAGGAAGCCAUGAUUUACAAGGUCUCUGGCCCAGCCACUGCCAAGGCCAAGCACCGAGCAAUUUCCAAAGCCAAGGCAGCGUAUGGAAUGGCAAAAGACCCGAUGGACAAAGCCAAGGCAGCAGCAGUGCUCAUUGAACAUGGACUCCUUCCGUCCGCCAACGAAGAGUUGAAACCCAAGAAUCCCAAGGAUUUGAAAUCCAAGGAUGAGGAAGAGUUGAAACCCAAGAAUCCCAAGGAUUUGAAAUCCAAGGAUGAGGAGGAGCCGCAGGAAGUGCAUGAAGAUGCCAAUAUGCAGGAAGCGCAUGAAGCGACGCAUGCCAAUAUGCAGGAAGCGCAUGAAGUGACGCAUGAAGUGACGCAUGAAGCCACACAUACAACGAUUGAAGAAAUCGUCUUGUGCUUGGCGAGUGCAGGUAUCGUUUGGGUGGUCUUCGAUGCAUUCAAAGCUUGA